UGGCUCCACAUCUUGUUUUUGAGACUAGGGUUGGUUUGAACAACUUCUACCCUGAUAAGGAUACGUUUCAUUGGGUUUUUAUGGAACUUGGCAGAUCGCCCUGGAUUGCAUCAGCUACCAAUUUCUAGGUGGUAUCCUGAGAUUAGAUCUGCUUUUGCAGGAGGAGGUCAUUUUCACUGACUAUCUGUCAGAGUUUCGCCGACAGAUGCCAACGCUGUUUUCCCUUCUUGGCAGACUGAGGACUUUCUCUGUCAAAGAUCCACUUCUGAAUUCAAGAGGAGAACUAUUUACAGAUGAGAUCUUUUUCAGACAUAGUAUGACAUUUGACAGUGCAAUGACUGGGGCUAUAGUGGAACAAGGAGCAGACCUGAGGAGUGAGAAUUACAGUAAAAUGUCAGCACUAAAUGAAGAGUCUUUGAUGUUGCCAUUUUAUUUGGAAUCCCACUCCCACAAUGAAAAGAGCGGCACUCCCACUGCCUGGGAACUCAGAGAUUUGUUGCGAAUUGCACCCGAGUCGAUGUUGGAAGGAGAUACCACAUGGAAAGAGGCAUUUCAGAGAGUUGUGAUUUCUGGUGUCACACAAGCAGUGGAGAUUUCCGAAUAUUGUCCCUCUUGCAGUGAGAUUUCAGAUGAGAGUUACAGAGAAAGGACAAAGAACAUACUUGAUCAUACAAAUCCAGUUAGUUCCAGGUUGUACACCCAUAUGGAAGCAGACCCUCCUUUCACACCUCCUCACCAGCCCCUGCAGACUAGAGACCGUUUAUCAUGCAAGGAGUUCAGCCCUGAACAGCUGUCCCCAAUUUAUGUAAAUCGAGUGUUUUCUGAUGCUGGUAAAGAAAUCAUGGAGAGUAGAGUCUGGCAUGGAGAGAAACACCACGCUGCUCUCCUGGGUCUGCUGCUUGCAGAACCUCAAGUUCAGAAGUCCAGUUUGCAGUGCCAUUCUGCUACAGAAGUCUUCCGGAUGGUGGGUGUUGAGACAGAUUCUUCAGCAAAUCUAACAGUAGAAAGAGUUGUCUACAAAUACUUAAACCCAGAUCAGCCAAGCCUCUUGGAGUCACUGGACAUAGGGGCACCAGAACUGCCCCCAGCUAAAGCAGAAACAUUUUCUACUCUCACCGUGAUUCAAGUAGACAAUAUUUUGAGACAGUCCAGCAUGGACACAGAAUACCAUAGACAGAGUGCCACACCUCCUGAAAAUAAAGUCAAAUCCAUUCCUAAAGACUUAAAAAAUAAAAAUGAGACACUGACCAACGUUCAAAAUAAUGUUCAGAAAGCACAACAUACAGCUGCUGACAUCCCUGCAAGUAAGACAGCUCAGAGGUCAGACACAGUACCAGCAGUGAGAUUUGCAAAAACCAAACAAGUGCUGGAAGGAAUAGGGGGUCUUCCAGUGCAGCCUAAAAAUGGCUGUCUCAUUAUUGGCAGGUCUGAAAAAGAGAUAAAAGACCCCUGUAACAAGGGCACAGAAUGGAGACCACAGCAGGAAGAUUUGGAUCCGCUCGCCAACUUCAUAAUGCUGAGAUCCAAGCUGACAAAUGCAGUUGCUGCUCCCCCCAAAGCCAAAAGCAAGAAUGAGAGUCAAACCACGGCUGAUACAAAGGUAGAAGAUAGGUUUGCCUGUGCAACCCCCAAAGAACAAAGCUCUGCUGCCAGGCCUGUAACACCAGAGAAAACCAAGACAGAAACGAGGAACACUGUUGUGAUUGAGGUCCAAGCAUCAGAGAGCCAGUGCAGAGCCUACUGUCUACUUCAAGAUAUUGCAUCCCCUGUUCUCAUUAGUUCAAAAGAACUGGGCAUAUCUGCUGCUGCCUUGGGGGACUUUGCUACUCUGGCUUUUGACCAAACCCGGUUCUUUUUGAAACAGCAGGAAAAAGUAGUCAGCAACAGCCUAAAACAAGGUAAACCAAGUGAAAAAGACGUAAUGCUGUAUAAGCACGCCGCUGUGGUGCAUCUUUUGGUGACAGUUCGAGACCUGUUGCUUAUGUGUGACCUUAACACAGCUGUAGACUAUCUGGCAAGAGCCAAAGAAAUGUAUGUCAGCACACUGGGGUCUUGUUUGGAUGACAUCUGGAAAAGACUGAGGGUUGUGCAGUACAUCAGCCAGAAGAAUGAGGAAGCCAACCCUAAAAUAGCAGAGCUCCAGCGGAAGAUGUUGGCAUGGAUACAAAGAAACCAUUCUUGGGAGCAGAGUCACAAAGUGCUGGUAAUAAUACGAAUGGAUUCAGACUGUGUAAGGGCUAUUCUUGUUAACAGUCUCAAUCAUGUGAAAGGUCUGAAAACCGCUGCAGUGUUUCCUGAAGAAACUACCAAACUGAAUUCCAAAAAUGUGAUAACAUGCCUCCAGAGGUAUUCGUGUGUGGUGGCCUGCAGUAAGCACAUCCAUGCAGCUUUCCCCUGGCAGCAUUUCUCAUUGGUAGUGGAAUAUGACUACAUGGAGCACUGUGGCUGGACUCAGCUUUGCAUGAACAAUAAUAUCAGCCACAUGGCAUUUAAAACUACCAUUCCUAAGACCAUCAGUUCAAACACAAGCCAGCAAGCACCCUGUGAAAAUGAAUCAAACCUGUUAUUGGAGCUUCUGAUUCCCUUUGUGUUUCUGACAACUGAAGGCCUGUUGAACAACCCGGAGCUUCUACAGACUCUAGAGUCUAGAUGCAAUAUUACUGUUUUGGUGAGAAACUACAGUGAAUCUCUACAGAUAUUUGGAGGAACUCAUCGCUAUGCAGUGAUUACAGUAGAUGAAUGCACUGCAGUAAUCAUUCAGGAAAUUGAGGAGCUGGCAAUGGAGAAAGCCUCUGAUAACAUAAUCUUGAGACUGGUGGCCUUAUCUCUGCAGUACAGAUGCUGUUGGAUCAUUUUUCAUUCUGCAGAGGGUCAGAACUCAGAGUAUCAUUUUACAGGGGAGGUCUUCAAUAAUCUGGUGUUGAUCUACACUGCCCUUGUGCUGUUUGGGGUAAAGUCUGAGGACCUAGAAAUCAAGGUAGUGAUUGCAUCAGGAACUGAGGAAACGGCUAAUCUGUUAUGUCAGAUAGCUAGCAAGACAUUGAUGAACUCCAAGAGAGACCCCUUAACCUGGCUGGAUAGGUCUUGGCUUUCUGAUGUACCAUCACAGGCUGAGAACUGCUUGCUCACCUUCCCCUGCGUGAACCCUUUGGUGGCUCAGCUCAUGUUGAAGAAGGCCUCAUCGCUGGAGUGGCUUCUAGCAGCAACGUUCAGUGAGCUGCAGGAACUCCUCCCUGAGGUUCCACAGAAAGUCAUCAAGCUCUUCAGUGACACCACAGCUCUGUACAAACUGAAUGUGUCACAUUCACCACCUGAAUCGCUAGCGGAGGAGACAUCUAGUGACAACUUCCUCCAUUCUGGUCAUAACACUGGCGGUCAUGACGAUUUCCAACCCAGGCUUGAUUUCUUAGAAGGCAACUCUGAGCAAUGCCAAGUGCACAACCUAUUUAAGAGGCAGCCUUUUCAGGGGCCUUUUAGUGGGACUGAAGACACAGAAUGCAGGUCCCAAAUGCAUCAGCAGAGAGGUAGAUUAUAUAUAGACAAGGCUUCAUUCAUAACACAACCAGUCGCUGCUGCCUCAGUCCGUGAUCAGUGGGUGCUAGGUGGGGAUUAUGAACCAAUAGAAAAUUAUUCUGUUGAUCUUUGGCCACUAAAGGAGGAAUCGUGUGACGAGCAGUUUGCAAGCACAAGGCCAAGUGGGAGCCAUACAGUACGGACUUCGAGUGGACCGGCACAGGCUGAGGUCUCUGCCCUGUACUACAGCAAAUCAGCCGGACAAAGAAAUGCAGAGAGCUACUUUGAGAGGAGGCCCCAACAUUCCCAGGUUUACUCUGCCCAACAGACAGCCAUUUCCUCCCUGUUAAUGAAAGAGCCUUCCUUUCCAAGUGGUUACGCUAGUUCUGAAUCCAGCAGCAUGCCAUUGUAUGUGCCAAACCAGCCAGCAGAUAGUCUGUGUCUUGACAGCCGUACAUUUGCUCAUGCUACUAGAUCAAUAGCCGACUCUGUGUUUGCUUGCCAGAAAUCUGAAUAUAGGAGUGAUGUCAGCAGGCACCCAGACUUCACCAGGGCAUUCCAAAGUGUCUCGGAGAGGAAGAGAGUGGCAAGGAGUUCUGAGGGAGACAACACUUCAGAACGAUUUAGCCUUUUACCACAACUCAAACGAAGAAGGCUGACCUACGAAAAAGUACCGGGAAGGAGUGAUGGGCAGACAAGACUUACAUUCUUUUAAAAAGUUUGGUGAUUGUUUUUAUCACAUUGUUUAAGCUCAGAUCAUAAUGGCACGUUCAAAAAUGGCCAUCUUUUAUUUGUUAUAUAUUUGAUAUUUGCUGAUAUUAAAAUGUUUAUAAAAUUACUUGGUAACGUUCUGCUACAUUUACAUUUCCCAUAUUGCGUAGCAAGCUGUUAAACUGAAUGAAAAUCAUUUAGUUUUCAAAUAAAAUCUAAUGUGAAAAAUAGAGUUGGGUAUGUUCAGUGCAUGCUGCGAUGUUUGGUUGUAUUUCAGUAAAGUUCAAUCAUCUGUUUAUUGUAUUUUUUGUCUUAGUUAUGCAUUUUCAUUAGAAUGCAGCAUUGCUGAAGUGUCAUGUUCCUUUGUUAGUUGUCUGUAGUGAAACAGUCUGAAAAAUACCAUACUUUCACUGCUCUAAAUCAGAAGAAACACAAAAUCUAUUAUAAAAUAAUUAGGGUCGGCACAGUUACCCCUAAACCUGUCCCAGGCUUCUUUUUCCAACUGGAGGAAAGAAUUAUGUUUUUAUCAAAAGAUGUUCUUUCAGAUUGUACGGAUAAAUGAAGGCAGUAGGGAUGUAUAAUGGGUAUAAUCUGAGAGUAACAGUGGCUUGGUUUAAAUGUAGUUUAGAAACUCCAAAUUCUCCCUCCAUUGUUGUGAGAAUGUGAAGUAGCACACACACAUCAUGCACAUUCCUCAUGCUGUAGCAAGUGUGUGACCAAAACACAUGGUACGGCUAAAAAGGGUGGUUUUGCAUGGCACCAAGUUCAAAAGCCGUACCUUAUGUUCCUGAGACUUCAGCAGUGAAGAUCCUGUUUGUGACGUAGCUUUGUGCAACUUUCUGCUGUAAGGCCUUACCAAGCAAUUCUUUAUUAACCACUGAGAUCUGCUGAAAGUAGCCCUGGCAAACUUCUCUGACCAAACAGGAAAACAAAAAAAUUGAUAAAUAAGCAUACCGUACAAGGGGUUUAGAGACCGUUGCAUUAAGUAUUUUAAAAAAAAAAAAAAAAAAGUAUGUGACACCAUUUAUGCAAUGUUUCAUAUUAUUGACAUUUGCAGGUGAGUCCAAAAGUGCUUUAUAGUUGUUUUGUUUCCGGUGCUUCAACACAACCUAAAAACUUUGUGAAAACCCAGUUUAAGAAAGCUGUGCGAUGUCAGUAGUCACACAAAGUCAAAUUGAAACUCAGACAGAAACAUUUAGAUAUGCGCACCAGUAUGUUUAUAUUACUUUGGUUAUUUGCAUUUGGGAGGAGAAUUUCUCUAAAAGAAAACUACAUGGAAACCCAGACUUCCCAAAAGGUACUACCAAAAUAGCAUGAGAAAAAGGGGAGACUUAUUUUUCUUUUUACUUGGAAACCACCCCAACAGUGAAACACAAAACUAUUUAUUUAAUAAAACAGGACAUAGAUACUCUACCAUGAGUCUGUUUACUCCAUUAAGGACUGACAUUAUUGAUCUGUUGUACUGACACUAGCCUUCCUUCCUUCCUUCCUUCCUUCUUUGUCUGUACUGUUUUCAAGGGUUUAUUUUAAGGACAGCAAAAACUUAGUGAGAGACCAGUCCUUGAAAAUCCACAACACAAGGCAGUUAAGAGAUAGUCAUGUAAAACUGGCAAUUCCUUUUUUCUUUUUGCAACAAUUGAUUAAUUAGGAAAAACUGGCAGUGUAGUUUGCAAGCUCCAUUCUGGAGAUACAGUAAACAGGCAUGGGCCACAUCUAUUACAUGUAACUUGCAUAGAAAAAGCAUUUUAGGAAAACAAAACCAAUACGUGUAGCUUGGUACAAUUGAAUUGAUGCAAGUGGGAGAUUUUUUUUUUUUUCCUUUUCAUUGUCUCUACAGUGGUCUUGAACUUUCCACUUGUCUAUAUAGAUUUCCAACCUUAUCAAUAUGUUGUCCACUUGGUUCUUGUUCAUUAAAAUCCAGUGUGAUGCCGUGGCCAAGCCUAGCAGAAUAACUGUCCCUAUCUUGACAAUGUGGGCUCUAUUCACAAAGCUUUAAGACAUAAAAAAUGUAUUUAAGAAACGUGUUAAUUUAACCAUCAAUAGCCCAGAACAAGAAUAUUAAAUGUUAUUUUAUAAGUUAAAGUCAAUACGGAAGCAUAGAGGAACAUUUUAUUAAAUUAGAGUGAAUGAAAACUGAAAAAAAGCAAAACACAUUUUAUUAGCAGAAUGUGGAUUUCGCUUAGACACCAGAGCACUCGGGUCAACACCAACCCAGAGCCUAAUGAAUUGUUGGGUCAGUGUCACUUCAACCAUGCUCUUGUUAUUUCCAGUCACAUUACAACACAGACUCAAGUAUCAAUUGGAGAAGUGUAGCUUGGGGGUGGGGAGGAGGAGGAGGCUUGUAAAAAUGACAGCAUCAAGUUUGAGCACAAAUGAUCUGGGCGCAAAAGUCUUUUCACACCAAAGAAGUCAAUCAAUCUGAAGCGCUGUCCUUAACAAAGUCCAGAAUACAUUUCUUAUAUCUUUCAGUACUAAGUACUGUGAUAGCAGUACUGGUUCAUGAUAACUAAGAAAGUGCUAUGUAGUUUGCUGAAAAAAUAAGGGGAAUAUCUUUGUGUACAUUAUACAUUUCAUUAAUUGUUUCGAAUGGUGUUAUAUUUGCUGCACUGUCUUUACUCAAGUUGUGCCUGUUUAGCAUAACAAGCUCAAAUAUAAUUUCAUAUAACUUCCUAGUAAACAUUUUCUUAAAAGAAAAUUGUUUUUA